UUUGCUAUAUAAAGAAAGCUCCUUUUUCUUUUUUUUUUUGUCGGUAAAUGAAAACUCCUUUUCCUUGAGGUGUCAUUCCACCCACUCUCUCUCUCUCUCUCUCUCUAGUUUUCUCUCUCUAGAAUUCACAUCUUUCUCCCCAAUUAGCAGUGGGUUUUGGGAGAACCUUUGAUAAAACGGUUAGGAAUGGGGAGAGAGAAGAUAAAGAUCAAGAAGAUCGAGAACAUGGCGGCGAGGCAGGUGACCUUCUGUAAGAGACGUGGAGGGGUUGUCAAGAAAGCUAAGGAGCUGGCUGUUCUUUGUGAUGCCCAAGUUGGUCUCGUUAUCUUCUCUGCAACCGGAAAGCUCCUCGAGUAUUCCAGCUCAAGGAUGAGAGAUAUACUUCAGAGACAUCAUAUGCAUUCAAAUAACCUCAGAGAAAUGGACCUAUCUUCAGUUCAACUGCAGGAGCAUGAGAAUCACAUGAAAUUGAGCAAGGAAGAUGCAGAUAUGAACCAUCAAUUGAGGCAGAUGAUGGGUGAGGAUCUUCAAGGAUUCAAUCUGGAGGAACUGCAACAAUUAGAGAAAAUGUUUGAAGCAGGAUUAAGCCGAGUGUUUGAGACCAAAAGUGCACGAAUGAUAAAUGAGAUCGCUGCCCUUCAAAGAAAGGGUGCUCAAUUGAUGGAAGAGAAAGACCAAUUGGAAAAGCAGAUAGUGAUGGUUUCUAAAGGAAAGAGACUCCUUGCUGGUCAAUCAGAUUCUAUGAACCUUGAAGAAGGCCAGUUUUCGGAGUCUGUCGCCAAUGUUUCCAGCUGCAAAAAGGUUCUUCCACUGGUAGACGAUUGCUCUGAUACAUCCCUGAAACUUGGGCUACCUUUUAACUAGUACUAAAUGGAAAGGGGAAGAGAUGAUAUCCACAAGGAAUAAGCCAGCCUUGGACGUCAUCAGCAUUUUGUUAUGUAUAAUAAUGGAAUGUGAAAACAAAAUCAAAUUGUGAUAGUUUGUUUGCCUUGUUUGGGUUAAUUGAAUUAAUGUAACACUCCUAAUUAAGUAAGGGCCUGUUUGGUAUGCCCUCCUUUUUUUUUUUUCUUUUUUUUUUCUGCAUUUUGCUUCAACUCAAAACAAAAACAAAUGUUUUAUUGUAAAAGUGUU